CGCUACUAGCACGAAUGUUUACUCUACAGCGGCCUCUAGCGACAGAUGUCGAGCUCUGCAGUAUCGCGCUGUGGAUUGUGGGAGGCAGGAACGUCGUUUCGUUUGAGCUUGACAAGCAGUAGUGGACUCAACUCAACCAUAUCGCCGUGCUCUUUGCGGAGUGGCAACAUACAUGUCAACAUGUCUAGCCGUGUUGGAAAGAAAAAGAUUACCAAGACAUCCCGGUCUACUAAGGCUGGAGUUAUUUUCCCUGUUGGCAGGAUGCAGCGUUACUUAAAAAAAGGACUUCCCAAAUAUCGGAUUGGUGUCGGUGCUCCAGUAUAUAUGGCUGCAGUUUUAGAAUACCUGACUGCUGAAAUUCUGGAGCUGGCAGGAAAUGCAGCCCGAGACAACAAGAAGGGCCGUGUUACACCCAGACACGUUUUACUAGCAAUCGCCAAUGAUGAGGAACUUAACCAUUUGCUGAGGGGUGUUACUAUUGCUGCUGGUGGAGUAUUGCCCAAUAUUCACAAAGAACUGCUCUCCAAAAAGACGGGGUCAAAAGGAAAGAUUGAAGCUAUUGUCACCGAGGCACUAACAAAAAGGUCUAGGGCCACCAAAAAAGCAGUUGUCAAGAGACUUGGAACCAAAACAUCAUCACGAGUUAAGAAACGAGGUGAGGCGGCUAAAGCAGCAAGUGCAGACAGCACCACAGUGACUGAUGGCUUUACUGUGCUCUCCUCCAAAACUCUGUUUCUUGGCCAGAAGUUGCAAGUUGUGCAAGCUGAUAUUGCCACCAUCGAAAGUGAAGCCAUUGUUCACCCAACCAACUCCACCUUCUACUUGGGUGGUGAAGUAGGCAAUUCUUUGGAAAAGAAAGGGGGAAAGGAGUUUGGAGAUGCAGUAGUUGAACUACGCAAGAAAAACGGCCCACUGGAGGUGGCAGGAGCUGCCCUGACCUCAGGAUAUGGACUUCCUGCGAAGUUUGUCAUCCACUGUAACAGUCCAGGAUGGGGAUCAGAUAAAUGUGAAGAGAUGCUAGAUAAAACUGUGAAGAACUGUCUUGCUUUAGCUGAUGAGAAGAAACUUAAAUCUGUGGCCUUCCCAUCUAUCGGCAGCGGCAGAAAUGGUUUUCCUAAACAGACUGCCGCCCAGCUCAUACUGAAGGCUAUCUCCAGCUACUUUGUGACGACAAUGUCAUCCUCAAUCAAAAUUGUAUAUUUUGUAUUGUUUGACAGUGAGAGCAUAGGGAUCUAUGUGCAGGAAAUGGCAAAACUUGAUGUCAAUUAAAGUUACUAUAUAUGAACUAAAUGUAGAUUUUAGAGAUGAAAAAUGAGUUUGUUUUGCACUGAAAGCCCUCAUAAGUUCACUAAACUCAUAUGAUUGAGUAAACUUGCUCCCUUAAAGGCACACUCACCUUUUUUUAAAAAAAUAUGCUCAUUUUCCAGCUUCCUAGAGUUAAACAUUAGAUUUUUAGCGUUUGGAAUCCAUUCAGCCGAUCUUCGGGUCUGGCGGUACCACUUUUAGCAUAGCUUAGCAUAAGACAUUGAAUCUGAUUAGAUCAUUGGCAUCGCGCUCAAAAAUAACCAAAGAGUUUUGAUAUUUUUAAAACUUGACUCUUCUGUAGUAACAUCGUGUACUAAGACUGACGGAAAAUUUAAAGUUGUGAUUUUCUAGGCAGAUAUGGCUAGGAACUAUACUCUCAUUCUGGUGUAAUAAUCAAGGACUUUGGUGCUGUAACAUGGCUGCAGGAGGUGUAGUGAUAUUACGCAGCGCAUAAAAAUAGUCCCGUUAUUGAAAGUGACUAUUUUCGGGCAGUGCGUAAUAUCACUACGCACUGAGCAUAUUUAAAAAAUGUGGAGUGUCCCUUUAAUUUAAUUAAAUAAUGGGUCUCUCAAAAACACACACACACACACACACAUAUAUAUGUUCACUUAAUUUGGUAGCCACUUAGACUGAACUUAAAUUGUUAAGUUUACCAAACUUUGUUUGUACAGUACACAGUUCACUCAGAGUCAGUCCUUAAUACCUUACAUUACACCUUGUUACAAAAAGUUAAAUGACUUUUUAAUUUCAGUCUUUAUGAACACUAUUUCAAUCAAUCAAUUAACUUAAUUCUUCACAGAAGCAUACAACAAACUGCACUAUUCACGUGUAUCUAUUAUAGUGGAGGGAAAUACGUUGAAUAUGGUCCAUGCAUACCAAAGGAAACAUUGAUCACCUGAACGGUGACUUUACGAAAAAUAUAAUUUACAAUCAUCAAAAAUCAUCAAUAAUGAGACAAAGAGUGUAAAACUCUAAGGGGUUCAGAGUUUAGAUUAAUCCAGGACAAGGCAGACGUUUAAGUAGAUUUUACAAACGUUCAAAAACAAUACUGUGUGCAUCUUUAGGUAAAAAACAAUGUUAAGAUGUGUCAGUACAAGGUUUUUAAUUUAGGCAGCACAAGCAUGCAUAUUAGUCUGGGACUACAGUAGGAUAAGCCCUGUCCGGAAAACCGACCAUAAGAAAUUUUUAUUAACAACUUUUUAUAUGUCCUAUGAGUUUUUUAUUUUAAAAUUCCAAAUUUUCUGGCGCAAGAGCUUAUGGGUAUUCCUCACAGCAUUUUGAACUGAUCAUUUUAUGUUAAUUGUUUUUAUAAGUUAAAUGAACAAAGAUGGUUAAGUUAUGCAUAAUUCAAGUCAUGAUUGCUUGACUUUUUGAGUACAAACAGCAUUAGGGCUUUCAGUGUGGAUUGGGGUGUAGAGGUUUUGGGGAAAAUAAAAUAUUGGUUCUUUAUAUUGAUAUGAUUGUAUUAUGCACUAAAUGAGGGCUCGUGGCAUUCCAAAUGUUUAUAAAUCUGUUAUUUGCUAUUUAAUGAGAAAUGUUGAGUUUUGUUGUUUAGUGUCAUUACUGCCACGAUUCUCAUCGUAGUCACAAUACCUGAAUUGAAUCAUGCUUAUGUUGUAAGGCUUUGAUUAAAUACAUAAAUCAAUGGAGAAAUUAA